CGGGAGCCAUUGGGUUCCUAUCAGGCCAUGGGAAACUUAGCUAGUAGAAAGAGUAGUCCAGAAGAGCAGCGGGAAAAGAAAAACAGAGUAGAAGCUGAGCAGGGAAAUGGGAAGGACUUGCACUGCUGAGUAUGCUGAGCCAGCCUAUAUACAAAUAAGUGCCAACUGCAGAAACCUUCUUGAAGAAAGUGUAUUCCCAUGGCAUCUCUUAGCUCAAGUGGAAGUUUGCUGUUCCAGCUCUAUCUUAUUUGGAACUUGGUUCUUCUGGCUGUAGCACAGGAUGUGACCCAACAAGCAGCUGAAUUUUUGUUGCAAUUUAAUAUCAACGCAGAAAACCGAUCUUAUGAAAGUUCACUCGCUUCAUGGGAUUAUAACACCAACAUCACAGAAGAGAAUGCCAAGAGGAUGAAUGAAGUGGGCUCUGAGUGGGCAAAGUUUUAUGACGAGGCAUCCCAAAGGGCCAGUACGUUUGAUCUGAACAGCAUUAAUAACGACACAAUUAAACUCCAGCUUCAUUUUCUACGAAACAGAGGAUCAUCUGUUUUACCCACAGAAAAAUACAAUCAACUGAACUCUAUUUUGAAUAAAAUGAGUACCAUCUAUAGUACUGGGACUGUGUGCAAGCCAUCUGAUCCUUCCACCUGUUUACUCCUGGAACCAGGCUUGGACAUUAUAAUGGCAGAGAGCACUGACUACUCAGAGAGAUUGUGGGCUUGGCAAGGUUGGAGAGCUGAUGUGGGAAAGAAAAUGAGGCCUUUGUAUGAAGGUUAUGUUGAAUUGAACAAUGAGGCUGCAAGAAGUAAUGGUUAUGCUGACUAUGGAGAUUAUUGGAGAGCCGAUUAUGAAGUAGAUUUCCCUGAGGAGUAUCGAUACCCACGUGCAAAGCUGAUUACUGAUGUGGAAAACACAUUUAAACAAAUAGAACCCUUGUACAGGCAGCUGCAUGCUUAUGUGAGGCACAAUUUAUGGAAGGUCUAUGGCUCAACGAACAUUGACCCCAACGGAUGUCUUCCUGCUCAUUUACUUGGUGACAUGUGGGGAAGGUUUUGGACAAAUUUAUACCCAUUAAUGAUUCCCUAUCCAGCUAAACCAAAUAUUGAUGUCUCUUCUGCAAUGGUAAAAAAGAACUGGGAUGUGACCACUAUAUUUAAGGCUGCUGAGACCUUUUUUGCCUCUGUCGGACUCUAUGAAAUGACUGAAGGCUUCUGGGACAAUUCCAUGCUUGAAGAACCAAAUGAUGGCAGAAAGGUUGUUUGUCAUCCUACAGCUUGGGAUUUAGGAAAAAAUGACUACAGGAUCAAGAUGUGCACCAAAGUGACUAUGGAUGACUUCCUCACAGCACAUCAUGAGAUGGGCCACAUUGAAUAUGAUAUGGCCUAUUCCCACCUUCCCCUUUUGCUGAAAGGGGGUGCCAAUGAAGGCUUCCAUGAAGCUGUAGGAGAGAUCAUGUCGCUUUCUGCAGCUACUCCAAAGCACUUGAAAUCCCUUGGCCUUCUGGAGCCUACCUUUCAAGAAGACAGUGAAACAGAUAUCAAUUUUCUGCUCAAACAAGCCCUAACAAUUGUUGGAACAAUGCCUUUCACUUACAUGCUGGAGAAAUGGCGGUGGAUGGUGUUUUCUGGGGAGAUCCCAAAUGACCAGUGGAUGAGCAAAUGGUGGGAGUUGAAGAGAGAGAUAGUUGGUGUCGUGGAACCACUGCCACAUGACGAGACAUAUUGUGACCCUGCAGUUCUUUUCCAUGUAGCCAAUGACUACUCUUUCAUAAGAUAUUACACAAGAACCAUUUAUCAAUUCCAGUUUCAAGAAGCACUUUGCAAAGCUGCUGGUCAUACAGAAGAGCUUUACAAAUGUGACAUCACUAAUUCCACAGCAGCUGGCCACAAAUUGCGAGACAUGCUGGCCUUGGGGAGAUCACAGCCUUGGACCAAGGCUCUAGAAAGUGUGACAGGAGAGACAUCAAUGAAUGCAUCAGCACUGCUUCACUACUUUGAGCCCUUGUAUCAGUGGCUAAUAAAGAACAACACUGGCAGAUCUCUUGAGUGGGAUACAGCCUGGCGUCCAUAUGCUGAUGAUGAAAUCAAAGUGAGGAUCAGUCUGAAGGCAGCAAUGGGAAACAGUGCAUACACAUGGAAUGAUAAUGAAAUGUAUUUGUUCAAGUCCACAAUUGCCUACGCCAUGAGACAAUACUUUUUAAUCAUAAAGAAAGAAACAAUAGAAUUUCGAUCCACCGACAUCCGUGUAAAAAAUGUGACGCCAAGAAUCUCUUUCUCCUUUACUGUCAGCAUGCCUAAUGACAGCGCCAGUUUGGUUCCUAGAGCUGAAGUGGAAAAAGCAAUCAGUAUGUCUCGGGGUCGCAUCAAUGAAGCAUUCAAACUGGAUGAUGAAACUUUGGAAUUUGUCGGAAUCUAUCCCACUUUGGCACCACCUUAUGAACCCCCAGUCACUGUGUGGGUUAUAGUAUUUGGAAUUGUCGUAGGUAUUGUAGUGAUCGCAUCCAUUGCUUUGAUCAUCAUGGGAGUGAGAGACCGAAAAAGGAGAAGAAAUGCAGCACAGAAUGACUUAGUCCGAACCGACCCUUAUUCAAACUAUGGAGAAAACAAGUUAAUGUCCCAAGAAGGAAUUAACAACUCAACGGCAUUCUAAAACAUUCAUUAAUAACAAUAAUAAAAGCAGCCAGUUCAUGCCUCUUAUUUAUACUUGCGAACGAGUGGCAACUAUAUGAAACAGAAAGCGCUGCCUGAAUGCAGCUCAUGUUAAACAUUAAGUGGACAGUUAAAGCACUGGCAAUGAUAACCAACUAUUUUCAGUGGAAUAAGUAUGAACCAAAGACCCACUCUAGUCUAUGUCUAAUGAGUAAGUGGUGUUGGAAUCAACCCCCUCUGAAUGGUUAGCAAAUGCAAUCAAAGCAGAGUAGCCACCGUCUAUUCAACAUUGCUGAUGUGGCCCUGGUCAACUAUUCAAAGCCACCUAUUGGCCUGGAUGCUAAAUUGGUCAGGUAGCCUUGGUAAGUAUGCAUGUAGCAUUCAUUUAUUACCCAGUGCACAUAUAUGUGACUCCAUAUAUUUUUAGGAGCCAAGUAUGACAGAGAUUCGUGAUCAGGUUGUUAGUCUCCCCUCCCCCCCAAAAAAGGAUCCGAAUUUUGGCACAGGGUGAGUUCCUCUACUUAUGCCCUUCUCUGUUAAUGCUAAUCCCACCUCAUGAGGGAAAAUGCAGGUGUUCCACUCAUACUAAUGUCAUUAGUGAGAAAUGUAUUGAAAUGUCUCCAAUAGAGUCUUGGAACACUUAUUUUAUUUGCUUACUCUUAUUUUUGAGAGUUUUUUAUUUACUCUAAAAGCUGAUGUUUAAAAGAACAUUUAUUUCCAUUCCUUCUUUUUUAGUACAUGAUUAUUUUAUGUAAGAGAUAUAACUUGUUAGCAAACUUGAAAUGACAUGGCUCUUAAAAAUAUCAGUAGGACCGCCUGUGUAUAAGGCAGGGAGCACUUUAUAUUUAUCUAUGCAAAUGUCUAAACUGAAACGCUGUUUAUUAUUUUGUUUCAAUCUUCAUAACUCCAAUGACACAGUUGAAUCCAGUUUAGUCCCAAUUAGAGUAGAUUCAUUAUAAUCAAUGGUGUUUAUAUUAAUUUUAAUUAGGGAUGAAAAUCAUGUGGCUUUCCAGAUGUUGUUGAAUGACAAUUCCAGCACAACUAAUGGUAAAGACACUGGGAGUUAUCACAUUACCUCCACUUGUAGAAUGAACUAGUAAGUUAUUUUCCUUUCAAAUACAUCUACCUGGGACUAAAAUGUCAUUUAGCCCACAGAAUCAAAAGAAAUAAUAAUAGUAGAAUACUUUUACACGAUGUGGGUUCUCCUCCAGAUUUUCUUUAAGAUCUCAUGUCUAUCAAAGGACACCCUUCAAGACUUCUCACAUAUGUGGAGGAAACGCUGCAAAGCUGUGUGCUGUGAGAACAAUCAAUUCAUUGAUAAUAGUUUGUCAAUAACACAAUAAUCUGUUGUUAACUGCUUGCUGCCAUAUUCAGGCCAUCCUCUGGUCUUCAGUUCUUCAUACAAAUACCCAUGCUGUAAUCUGAAAUAAGAAUAAAUCAAGAAGCAAA